AGUAUAAUUUUCAAAAUGUUACUAUAUUGAUACAAUAAUCCCAUUCCCAGUACGCCAAACAUCCAAAAGACUAUCCAUUUCCAAUUUUUUUAACUAUUCUGGAGAAUCAUUACACUAUGCUUUAAGGUGGGUUGUUUAAAGGUACUAUAAAAAAAUUCUUUAUACAGGAUAGCAAUACUUACCACUUACCAGACAGUGGCAGAAACGUAAUUUCAGACAAAAUAAUUUAGCAAAAUACUAACAAGUUGGUAAGUAGUAACCAACCAGCUCAAAUUAUUCUUGUUUAUAAAUGCCAACCUGAUGAUGAUGAUAAGAAUCAUGAGCUUCACUCACUUGUGUAAGUUGUUUUCUUCUUAGCUCUUGUUUCAUUAUAAAUAAUAAUCAUUCAUAUUAACAUUAACAUUAGUCAUUAGUCAUUACAUUCUUAAUUAAUCACGGUAUUAUUAAUCAAUUAAGAAUCCAUGGCCUCUUCAAUCUCAACUUUGUAUCUCGUAAUGUUAUUGUUAUCAAUAACAAUAGUAAUGUCCUUGGCUACCAAAAAGACUUACAUAGUUCACAUGAAACACAAUGCAUCAUCAUCCAUGUACUCUUCCAUUCUCAAAUCUUCUUCUCAUUCUGAUUCUCUUCUUUAUACCUAUACUAACUCUUACAACGGUUUCGCUGUUUCCCUUGAUAAUGAACAAGCGCAAAAACUGCUUAAUUCUGAUUCAGUACUUGGUGUAUACGAAGAUACCCUGUACUCACUGCACACAACCCGAACUCCAGAGUUUUUGGGUCUUCUUCAAAUUCAGACCCAUUCUCAGUAUAUUCAUCAACCUUCAUACGACGUUGUUAUUGGAGUUCUUGACACUGGCGUAUGGCCAGAAUCACAGAGUUUCCAUGAUUCUCAAAUGCCCCAAAUCCCAACAAGAUGGCGUGGAAAGUGUGAAUCAGCACCAGAAUUCAAUCCUUCACUCUGUAACAAGAAACUCAUUGGUGCUAGAAGUUUCUCCAAGGGCUAUCUAAUGGGUUCCACCGGAGGUGGUAGAAGAAAAGCUACGGACACUAUUUCACCUCGUGACAGAGAUGGUCAUGGUACUCACACUGCAACCACCGCCGCUGGCUCUGCCGUAGCCAACGCUACUCUUCUCGGUUACGCUACCACUCUUCUCGGUUACGCUACCGGAACUGCACGUGGUAUGGCUCCUCAGGCGCGAAUCGCUGUUUACAAAGUCUGUUGGACAGACGGUUGCUUUGCUUCCGAUAUACUCGCCGGAAUAGAUCAAGCGAUUCAAGACGGCGUUGAUGUGUUAUCGCUCUCCCUCGGUGGUUCAUCUUCAACUCCUUAUUACUUCGACACAGUCGCAAUCGGAGCUUUUGCGGCGGUGGAGAGGGGGAUAUUCGUUUCUUGUUCGGCGGGGAAUACCGGACCUCGCAGCGGUUCGUUGUCGAAUGUAGCUCCGUGGCUCAUGACCGUCGGAGCAGGGACGCUGGAUCGGGAUUUUCCGGCUUACGCUAUGCUCGGAAACGGAAAACGUUUCUCUGGCGUUUCGCUUUACAGUGGAGAAGGAAUGGGAAACGAACCGGUUGGUUUGGUUUAUUUUAACGAACGGUUCAACUCAUCGAGCAGUAUAUGUAUGCCCGGUUCGCUUGACCCAGAAAUCGUGCGCGGGAAAGUUGUUGUUUGUGAUAGAGGUGUUAACUCACGUGUUGAGAAAGGCACGGUGGUGAGUGACGCCGGAGGAGUUGGGAUGAUUCUUGCUAACACGGCGGCGAGCGGUGAGGGAUUGGUGGCUGAUAGUCACUUGGUACCCGCCGUGGCGGUUGGAAAAACAGAGGGAGAUGAGAUAAAAAUGUAUGCAUCGUUGGAUCGUAAUCCAACGGCUGUCCUUAGUUUCGGUGGAACUGUUUUGAACGUGAAACCUUCGCCCGUGAUAGCAUCUUUCAGCUCUCGUGGGCCCAAUGGUGUGACCCCCCAGAUUCUAAAACCGGAUAUUAUUGGGCCUGGCGUAAAUAUCUUAGCGGGCUGGACCGGUGCUGUUGGGCCUUCUGGCUCACAAGACACUCGCAAAACUCAAUUCAAUAUCAUGUCUGGUACGUCAAUGUCAUGUCCACACAUAAGUGGAGUAGCUGCAUUAUUGAAAGCGGUUCAUCCGGAUUGGAGUCCAAGUUCAAUCAAAUCAGCUCUCAUGACAACAGCUUAUACCAUUGACAACACUGAGUCUCCUCUAAGGGAUGCAAUGGGGGAGGCUUUAUCCACACCGUGGGCUUAUGGGUCAGGACAUGUCAACCCACAAAAGGCCCUAUCACCUGGGCUUGUCUAUGAUGUUGACACUAACGAUUACAUUGCAUUUUUGUGCUCCUUAAACUACACACUUGACCAUGUGAAACUCAUUGUCAAGCGUCCUAAUGUUAAUUGUUCUACUUAUUUGUCUGACCCCGGUGAUCUUAAUUAUCCAUCAUUUUCUGUUGUUUUUGGAAACAAUAGUAGCGUUGUUCAAUACACACGUACACUCACUAACGUUGGGGAGUCCGGAUCAGUCUAUGAAGUGGCCGUGAGUGGACCAUCGACGGUUGGGAUAUCGGUGAACCCUACCAAGCUUGUAUUUGAACAAGUUGGAGAAAGGCAAACAUACAUGGUGAAGUUUGUUUCCAACAGAGAUUCUGUUGAUGAAUCGAUUACGUGUGAUUUUGGCAGUAUUACGUGGAGCAAUGAACGACACCAAGUUAGAAGUCCAAUUGCUUUUACAUGGACCAAUUUAUGAUAUGUUUUGGAUAGCUACUGUGUUAUUGUAGCCCAAUAGGCAAUAGGAUAGCCCUAUUGGAGUUGAUCUAAAAAAGAAAACGACAAAAACAAACCAGCUGCUUGGAGCUAUGGAUAAUGGGAUAUUGUUGUUGCAAUCAGUAAGUAACAUAGCAUUAUGAUGAGAUUAAUUAGUCAUACUCAGAAGUAACAGCUAAUGUAACAAGACAUUAUUAUUAAGCGUUAAAAAUAGUGUAAUUCGACAGGCUUUGACAGAACAUAAUGCUAUGCACCAAGUAUGAUUAAAGUA